AUGGCUCCGUCCCGGAGUGGAUGCAGAUGGGAGAUGCUCUUGCUUUUGGGAUGUAUACUUCUGUCCGUUUGGGGAUUGCAACCGGCGCUGUCGAAAGUCUGCCACGACCCGUCGCGGCAGGGACAGGACAACUCCAACUGGUACAUGGGCAAAACCAAAGAUCUGCCCAUCAUGGUGCUGAUGCCGAUGAACGAGUCUGCCCUCAUGAGCGGCAUCAGCCAGGGCAUCGAGCCUGCAGUCGAACUGGCCAUCGAGCACAUACGCGAGUCCCGCCAGUACUCCUUCUCACUCGUCCCCAAAAUCUACGACACUGAGUGUGACAACGCCAAGGGACUGAGGGCCUUCUUCGAUGCCAUAUGCUAUGGCCCGAAGCACCUGAUGAUCUUCGGAGGGGUCUGCCCGUCCGUCACCUCCAUCAUCGCCGAGUCGCUAGAGGGCUGGAACCUGGUGCAGCUGUCCUUCGCCGCGACCACGCCCGUCCUGGCAGACAAGAAGAAGUACCCCAACUUCUUCCGGACGGUUCCGUCGGACAACGCGGUGAACCCUGCCGUGGUGAAGUUCCUCAGGUCCUACAACUGGAGCCGCGUGGGGACCCUCACCCAGGACGUCCAACGCUUCUCUGAGGUGCGUAACGACCUGACUAACGAGCUGGAUAAGGCCGACAUCCAGAUCGCAGACACAGAGAGCUUCACCAAUGACCCCUGUAUCAACGUCAAGAAGUUGAAGGAUAAUGACGUGAGGAUCAUCAUUGGGCAGUUUGAUGAGAACCUGGCCUCCAAGGUCUUCUGCUGUGCUUACAACCUGAACAUGUACGGCAGUAAGUACCAGUGGAUCAUCCCGGGCUGGUACCAGGGCAACUGGUGGGAGCAGGCCAACUCCACCAACUGCACCACCAAGAAGCUGCUGACCGCCAUGGAAGGCUACAUCAGCGUGGACUUCGAGCCCCUCAGCGCUCGCCUCACCAAAGGCAUAUCCGGAAGGACGCCCCAGGAGUACGAGCGCGAGUACCAGCGCGAGCGCGAGCAGAAGGGCGUGGAGCCCAGCAAGUUCCACGGCUUCGCCUACGACGGCAUCUGGGUGAUCGCCAAGACGCUGACGCGCGUCAUGGAGAUGCUGCGGCACAGGCAGCGGCACGAGCACAACUUCACCGUGGACGACCGCGAGGUGGGCCACCUGAUGCUCGACGUCAUGAACGAGACCAACUUCUUCGGCGUCACGGGUCAAGUAAUGUUCAGGAACGGAGAGAGGAUGGGAACCAUUAAAUUCAACCAGUUUCAAGAAGGCCAAGAGGUGAAAGUGGGCGAGUACAACGCCAUCGCAGACAGCCUGGAACUCAUCAACGACUCUAUUAGAUUUCAAGGAGUGGAGCCUCCUAAGGACCGUACGUUCGUGCGGCUGCAGCGCUGGCACAUCAACGUGCCGCUGUACAGCAUCCUGUCGGUCAUCACCUGUCUGGGCAUAUCCAUGGCUGGAGCUUUCCUCUUCUUCAACAUCAAGAACCGCAACCACAGGUUGAUAAAGAUGUCCAGCCCCUACAUGAACAACCUGAUCAUCCUGGGCGGCAUGCUCUCCUACACCUCAAUCUUCCUCUUCGGCCUCGACGGCUCCUUCGUCUCCGACAAGGUGUUUGAGACCCUUUGCACUGUGCGAACGUGGAUCCUUAUAGUGGGUUAUACCACGGCUUUCGGUGCCAUGUUCGCCAAGACCUGGAGAGUCCACGCCAUCUUCAAGAACGUCAAGAUGAAGAAGAAGAUCAUUAAGGACCAGAAGCUGAUGUUUAUCGUGGGCGGCAUGCUCCUGAUAGACCUGUGCAUCCUGGUUUGCUGGCAGAUUGUGGACCCGCUCAAAAGGACAGUGGAGGAGUACAGCCUGGAGCCGGACCCCCAGGGCAGAGACAUCGCCAUCCGGCCCUUCCUGGAGCACUGUGAGAACACACACAUGACCAUUUGGCUGGGCAUCGUCUACGCAUACAAGGGCCUUCUCAUGUUGUUCGGCUGCUUCCUGGCGUGGGAGACGCGCAACGUCAGCAUCCCGGCGCUGAACGACAGCAAGUACAUCGGCAUGAGCGUCUACAACGUGGGCAUCAUGUGCAUCAUCGGCGCCGCCGUCUCCUUCCUGACCCGGGACCAGCCCAACGUGCAGUUCUGCAUCGUGGCACUCGUCAUCAUCUUCUGCAGCACCAUCACCCUCUGCCUGGUCUUCGUACCCAAGUUCAUCACCAUGAGAACGAACCCGGACGCGGCCACCCAGAACCGCAGGUUAAAGUUCACGCAGAACCAGAAGAAGGAGGACUCCAAGACCUCUACGUCGGUGACCAGCGUCAACCAGGCCAACACCUCACGCCUGGACGGCCUCCAGACCGACAACCACCGGCUGCGCAUGAGGAUAACAGAGCUUGACAAGGAGUUGGAGGAGGUGACCAUGCAGCUGCAGGACACCCCGGAGAAGACGCCCUACAUCAAGCAGAACAGCCACUACCAGGACCUGAACAACAUCCUCAGCAUCAGCAACUUCACCGACGCCAAAGACGGUGAGAAGGCCCUUUUGAAGAACCAUUUGGAACAGAAGCCUCAAGCCCAGUGGGGCUCCAUGGAUCCUUCCAGAAUAAGUAGGGGUCCACUAGAGGACAUCAACUCGCCUGAACACGUACAGCGCAGGCUCUCCUUGCAGCUGCCCAUCCUGCACCACGCCUACCUACCCUCCAUAGGGGGGGUAGACGCCAGCUGCAGCCCCAACGCCAGCCCCGGCUCCAGCCCGCGGCACCGGCACAUGCCGCCCUCGUACCGGGUCAUGGUCUCGGGCCUGUGA